GCAUGCGCCAGCCGACUGGGCGCGAGCCGGCGGGUCCUCCCUCGCGCGCGCGCGCUCCCGCGGUUUCUCUCCCCCACCGUGGCCGCGGGCGCGGGAAGGACGGCGAGCGGCGGCCACGGCGGCGGCGAUGGCUGACGAGAUUGCCAAGGCUCAGGUGGCCCAGCCCGGCGGCGACACGAUCUUCGGCAAGAUCAUCCGUAAAGAAAUCCCCGCCAAGAUCAUCUUCGAGGACGACCGGUGUCUUGCUUUUCAUGACAUUUCCCCUCAAGCGCCAACACAUUUCCUGGUGAUACCCAAGAAGCAUAUAUCCCAGAUUUCUGUAGCGGAAGAUGAUGACGAAAGUCUUCUAGGACAUUUAAUGAUUGUUGGCAAGAAAUGUGCUGCGGAUCUGGGCCUGAACCGGGGUUAUCGGAUGGUGGUGAAUGAAGGUGCAGACGGGGGACAGUCUGUCUACCAUAUUCAUCUCCAUGUUCUUGGGGGUCGGCAGAUGAAUUGGCCUCCUGGCUAAGCAGGUUGGGGAUAAUUUUCCCUUCUCUAGGUAGUGAUUCAGUUGUCAAGCUCCAGUAUGUUAAACGGCACACAUAGUUUUGCCUGUGUAUGGAGAAACUGAAGAGAUCAUUUAAAAUCCUGUGCCUAAUAAAAGACAUUGUUGCAUGUC